AUGGCAACAACUGCCGUUGGAGAAAUAACUUUCUGCUUGGUAUACGUAAGCGAAACAAUCAUACCUGUGGAGAUCAAUGAAGAAACAGCGCAGGUAAGCCAGUAUGAUCCGCAAGAAAAUGCGCAAAGGAGGUCUUUCGAUCUUAGUGUGAUCGAAGAAGCUGUUUCCCAUGGCUGGCUCUUACAGCAAAUGGACGUCAACAGCGCCUUCCUGCACGGUUGUUUGGAUGAAGAUAAGUACAUGGAGCUGCUUGAGGAGCUCUCCCUCAAGCUCACUGAGUUUGGAUUUACGCAAUCUGCUUAUGACCAUUGCUUCUUCACCAAAAUGACUGAUACUGACCUCCUAGCUCUUCUCGUCUAUGUUGAUAAUAUAGUGGUUACAGCCCCAUCUUUGGAUCUUAUUCAAUCUAUUAAACUUUACUUGCAUUCCUUAUUUACUAUUAAGGAUCUUGGAGACGCAAGGUAUUUCCUUGGGCUUAAGAUUGCUCGAAAUUCUGAUGAUCUUUAUCUAGCCCAAACAAAGUAUGUUCAAGAUAUCAUUCGAGAUAUUGGCAUGCUCUCUACCAAGUCUGUGUCUACUCCAUUUCCUUUACGACUUAAACUCAGUGACAAUUGCGGCCCCUUGCAUCCCCAACCUGAUCAAUAUAGAAGGUUAAUGGGCGUCAAUUGUUAUCUCAAAGGUGAGCAGUCGAAAGGUUUGUUCUUUCCUUCUCAGUCAUCCUUUGAGCUUACUGUGUAUUGCGACGCAGAUCGGGCGUUAUGUACUGAUUCCCGCCAUUCCCUAUUAGAUACUAUAUCUUCUUUGGAGCUGCCUUAG